UGUUUUAUAAAUAUAAGCAAGGCAACAACAACAAAUAUAGUCAAAAUUCGAAAGAGGAAUAGAAUACAAGUUAAAUAUAGCACCGAUCUCUGAAUAGACAAUGGAGAAGUUAAGCAAGGCGAAAAAGGUGGCGCGCGAGGAGAAGCAGCGCGACCAGAAGUUGGAGGAGUUGGUCAUGAAAUCCCUCGACGAGUGCCCCUCCCCCGAGGAGAAGGUGAAACUGCUGCUGCAACGCCAUGUGGACAGCGAGAAGAAUGUAAGCCGGCUGACAGCGGAACUGCGUGUCCUGCAGCGCCAAAUGGAGUCCCAGCAGCGGGAGAAGGAGCAGGUGCAGCGGGAUCUCAACAAGAGCGUCCUCAUGCGCGACAAGCUGCAGGAGGUGUGCCGCGAACAGCAGCGCAUCAUCAAGUCCGUGAAGAACGAGAGCCUGCUGCAAAUCAAAGUGGAGGAGGAGCGACGCAAGGAGAGCCAGACCAAGUUCCAAAGCUCCCUGAACGAUGUUCAGAAAUCCCUGGCCAAGAACAACGAGGAGAACAUCAAGCUGCGCGAUUACAACAUCGAGAUGACCAAGAAGUUAAAGCUGCUGGCCGAACAGUACCAAACGAGGGAGCAGCACCUGGAGAAGCUCAAUGAACAGGUUCAGUUGGAGGCCCAGUUGCACCAGGCCAAGCUGCAAAAGUGCCAGGUGGAGGCCGCCAUGGAGAAGGAGAUACUGAAGAAGGAAAACCAGAUUGGCCUGGAGAAACUGCUGCAAGCGCAACGUGCCAUCAAGGAUCUCACCGAUCGGGAGCACCAACUGAAGGAGCAACUGAACAUUUACACAGCCAAGUACGAUGACUUCCAGCAGUCGCUGCAGAAGUCCAAUGAGGUAUUCGGCAGCUACAAGGUGGAGCUCGAGAAGAUGUCCAAGCACACAAAGAAGAUUGAGAAGGAGGCGCUGGGCUGGCGGCAAAAGUACGAGAAAGCCAAUGCCAUGGUGAUUGAUUUGGCCACAGAGAAGAGUCUGCAAUCGCAGCACUCGGAGCGCCUGCAGAAACAGAUACAGCAGCUGCAGAAGCUACUGCGUGCUCUACAGCUGGAGAGGACCACACUGCACAAGUGCCUGCGCGACCACGAGAUCGAAAUACCCGCCCUGCCACAAUUGCCUCCCGAACCAGAGCCAGUUAACGUAAAGCCCGUCAGUGCGGAAAAUGUUAAAAUGGAAAUGAUGUCUCGCAACUGUGCGGAACUGAAGCAAACGCUGGCCAAUCUGCAGAACCAAAUGAAGCUGCUAACGACGAAUGAAUCGAAGACAGCCCUCGAAGAAAAGAAGAAGGCCGAGGAGCAGCGACUGGCGAACAAUGCCAAGAAGAAUAUACGCAAGAAGGAGAAGAAGUCCAAGGCAAAGGCAGCUGCUGCAGCAGCGGCAGAGGCUGCAGCAUCCACAACGAACGGAGAGGUGAACGGCGUUGAGGAAUCAGCCGCCACAGACUCCAAUGUCGAACUAGAGGCAGCGGGUGAUGCCUCGAACGUUAAGAACGGAGAGGAGCAGACUGUUGACACUGCGACAGACACCCAGGAGCUGGUAGGUGAUGGGGACGCUUCCACCGCCAAGUCACUUGUUGAUAUAUCCGAAGUGCCUCCCCUAAUCGAUGCCAAUGCAAACUAAACAACUGACUGUUCGCCCAUACUCCCAUCCAAAUCUCGGGCGGCCACCAAGCCUUCCCUGCAAAGCAUUUUGUGUCAUCCAUGUCUCAACUGAAAAAUGUCAUCAAUUACAAAAGCAACAUGGUCAGAAUUUUGUACUAGUUAUUUAUUGUACUUUGUAUAUUGUAUUUAUUUAAAAGGAUGUCGUCGGUGAUCGUGUAUUGCUGUUCAACAACAAAUUGAGUAAAACGUGUUUCCUGCAAACAGA